CUGUCAUUAGGACUCAUAGAGUUAGAGUCAAUGAAAAAGUUAAUCUAAGAAACAAAUCUAAAAUUUUAUUUGUGCCAAAUUGAAGAUUAGAAUCCAGGAACAACAUCUCAGAAAAAUCUGUGGACUGUUCCCCCUAUUAGAUAUGAAAGUACAGUUAUAUAAAUUUUAGGGAAUAGAAAGUUGUACUUUGAAUGAUGUAUUAUUGACAGUUUAUAUAAUCCGGAUCUCCAAGAACAACGUGGUGGGUCAUUGCAAGCCCUUAUAAGGAAUUAAAAGAUGACAUAGAAGGAGUCCUUCUUGAUUCCACUACUCAGAUCACCAUGCUCAGACCCAAUAGCUCAGUCUUCAUGCCCUCUGUACUAACGCUCAUCGGGAUUCCUGGCCUGCAGUCCGUGCAGUGUUGGAUUGGGAUUCCAUUCUGUUUCAUGUACCUUAUGGCAAUGAUUGGGAAUACUCUAAUUUUAGUGAUAAUCAAAUAUGAAAACAGCCUUCAUAGUCCAAUGUACAUUUUUCUGGCCAUGUUGGGGGCCACAGACAUUGCACUUAGCACGUGUAUUCUCCCCAAAAUGUUAGGCAUCUUUUGGUUUCAUUUGACAGAGAUUUCCUUUGAUGUCUGUCUUCUACAAAUGUGGCUUAUUCACUCAUUCCAGGCAACGGAAUCAGGUGUUUUACUGGCCAUGGCCCUAGAUCGCUAUGUGGCCAUCUGUAACCCCUUGAGACAUGGCAGUAUCUUCUCCCAAAAUCUCUUGAUUUAUAUUGGAAUUGGUGUGAUACUCAGGGCUGUCGUUCUUGUAGCACCAUGCAUAGUGCUUAUCAAAUAUCGUCUUAAAUUCUACCGAACCACAAUCAUCUCCCACUCUUACUGUGAGCACAUGGCCAUUGUGAAGCUGGCUACUGAAGAUAUACGGAUCAACAAGAUAUUAGGUCUGUUUGUUGCCUUCACUAUCUUAGGAUUUGACAUCAGCUUUAUCACUUUGUCCUAUGUUCAGAUCUUUGUCACUGUCUUUCAGCUACCCCAUAAGGAAGCCAGACUGAAAGCCUUUAAUACAUGCAUCGCUCAUAUCUGUGUCUUCCUGCAGUUCUACCUCCUUGGCUUCUUCUCUUUCUUCACUCACAGGUUUGGCUCUCACAUACCCCCAUAUGUUCAUAUCCUUUUAUCCAGCCUUUACCUGUUAGUUCCACCUUUUCUCAACCCAAUCGUCUAUGGAGUGAAGACCAAACAAAUUCGUGACCAUGUCCUGAAAAUGAUCUUCUCCAAAAGACAUCCUGAUCAUUAG